AUGAUUUUUGAGGUUAUCGCCUUCGCCAUUUGGGUUAUUUGUAUUCUUGUGUACCUCGUUAUAAUCGGAAAAAAUAUCUUAGGGUUCAAAAUCUCUAAUGGCGGUGAGACGUUUAUAAACUUUGGUCUUCGUCAGUCGUCGUUUGAUUUGCGCAGGGUUCCAAGUCAUGAAGGAGAUGAUGUGGCGACGUAUUUGAUUCGUCAAGGCUACAAGGUUGGAUCAAGGAUUGGUGAAGGUGCUUAUGCAGUGGUGAGGGAGGCAUAUUCAAACAGACUUGGAAGGAAUGUAGCAAUAAAGAUCAUCGAUAAGCAGAAUCUGUCCGAUCGAAGUGUUAACAAGUUUUUACGACGCGAAGUUGAAGCUCUAAGGAAAGUAGACCACGAGAAUGUCAUCUGUCUUCUUGAAGUCAUGGAAUCUGAACAUCGCUUUUACAUCAUUAUGGAGCUCGCGCAUAACGGUGAUAUGUUAAAGCUGUUGCAGGAACGAGGAAAACUAACAGAAAAUGAAGCGAGGAUUAUGUUUAGAAAAGUUGUGAAGGGAAUACUGCAUUGUCAUGAAAAAGGUAUUGCGCACAGGGAUCUGAAGCUUGAGAACAUCCUGCUAUCAAACAAGAACGAGCCAAUCAUAUCAGACUUUGGCUUUGCUCGCUAUGUUGGCGGGAAAAAUGAAGCUUGUCAAACUCGCUCAAGAAGUUGUACCUUCUGUGGUUCAUAUGCGUAUGCUGCGCCUGAAAUACUCCAAGGUAUCCCAUACGAUGCAACCUGCAGUGAUGUAUGGAGUUUGGGUGUGGUCCUCUUUUCCAUGGUAACGGGACAGUUCCCAUUCGACGACCGCGAUCGGAAACAGCUUCUCCGACUUACCCUGGCUGGUGAUAUCACCUAUCCUACGCGGGCAUCGUGUUUGUCUGAGCAAGUCAAAGAUUUGAUUAAGAAAAUGCUGACAGCGGACAUAUCCACUAGAAUCACUCUUGAGGAAGUCCUGGGACACCCUUGGAUGAAGAGGAGGAGAAGGACAGUAUCCAUGGAGACCAAAAGAGACAGCACGCAUUCGUUUAGCGUUGGAAAUAACAGCGAAGGAGAAAGUGAAGAAUGA